GCAGAAAUGGAUGAACUGAAGCAGCCAAGUUAAGCAAAGGCAUUUACACAGAAAUUGAGAUCAGCAGGUUUGCUCAUGUCCUGUAGUGUCUGUGUAACAAUGGACUGAAUGUUGGAGGGAAAGAGAAAUGAAAACAGAUGAACAGAUGUCGCAACGAGAAAAAUACGGAUGUGCUCUUAUUUAGCAUAUCCUGGUGUCCAGCUGCCGUACUUAGCCAAUGAGAAUGAGACAGGGGAGGUAUAAAACUUUUUAUCCGUGUUGGAUUGGUAUAGUGGAUUUAUUCAGUUGCAGUGGAGGCUACCAGUGAACAUGUCGGAAACCACACAGGACAGCAAAAAGGGUAGGAACUUUUAAUAAAUGUUUUUAUGUCAGUUAAUAAAGGUUCUUCGUAAGUUUGAUCUUAGUUGAGGUUCAAUCAAAGUGAAAGUAAAACAAAUAGGGUCAAGCCUUGAAAAUACAAUUGCAUGAGAUACCAAGGCCUAUUCAAAUAUGGUGAUAUUAAUUAUUAACUGUGAUCAUGAAGGGUUUUGAGAGGUUUUAUCGCACUCUUUUUAACCCAACUGAAAUGUGAUAUCACUGGCUACAUUAUCGAUAAAUGACUCAGCAACCAUUUUUAUAUACACACUCAUUCAAAGAGAACAAAUUACCUUUAUAAAACUAGGAUUCAUGAUUCACAAGUUCGACAAUUUCAGUUUAGUAUAUACAUUAAAAUGAAGUCGACAGAAAUUGUCAAAAAAAUCAACUGAAACCCAUCCCCCACUCUCAACUGCUGCCUUCACAUUACUCCUAAAUGUUGGGGGGUGUAGAUGGAGGUGCUUUGGUCUCAGAUUUAGCGAACUUAGGAACUUUUAACAAAUGUUUUUAUGUCAGUUAAUAAAGGUUCUUUGUAAGUUUGGUCUUAGUUGAGGUCCUAUCAAAGUGAAAGUAAAACAAAUAGGGUCAAGCCUUGAAAAUAUGAUUGCAUGAGAUACCGAGGCCUAUUCAAAUAUGGUGAUAUUAAUUAUUAACUGUGAUCAUGAAGGGUUUUGAGAGGUUUUAUCUCACUCUUUUUAACCCAACUGAAAUGUGAUAUCACUGGCUACAUUAUCGAUAAAUGAUUCAGCAACCAUUUUAUAUACACACUCAUUCAAAGAGAACAAAUUACCUUUAUAAAACUAGGAUUCAUGAUUCACAAGUUCGACAAUUUCAGUUUAGUAUACACAUUAAAAUGAAGUCGACAGAAAUGUGUCAAAAAAAUCAACUGAAACCCCCACUCUCAACUGCUGCCUUCACAUUACUCCUAAAUGUUGGGGGGUGUAGAUGGAGGUGCUUUGGUCUCAGAUUUAGCGAACUUUGCAGUCUUGCUUUACCUGACAACCGGCCAUUGAAACUCAUGAGGAAGCUAAGCUGAUGCAACAAUGGCUGCUUGACCCCAGACCAGCAGCCGUGGAGUGAUCCAUGCACAAGUUACUGUGCAGCAUAACAACUAUGCAAGAGCCAGAAAAGGCAAUCUUCUUAAGUCAUUCUACCUUGUAUUACUAAAAUGCUGACUCUCUUGUGUAGCUUUGAAAAUACUUAUAUCAUGCAUAAAUGUGUGGGUCAUUUACUCGCAGCAUGUUUUGUUUUCGACAGCAAACACUAAGAACCUCAUGGGGACUAAUGUCCCUGUCAGCAGGUAAACCCUUUCUUUGUAUUUGUGUCUUAGCAAGUAAUUUUGAGUUCUUGCUUAUAGUCCAUCCCCCCCAGUAUACAAUCUUUAAUAUUUGGCUUUUAUUUUUUCUUCUAUUAAACAGCUCCUUGGAUCCUGCGGAGGAGUACAAGAUGAACAAAAAAAGACGAGGCCUUGCUCUUAUUUUUAAUCAAGAGAGUUUUGACCAUGCUCCUGUCCGCCGAGGGACUCAGUUUGACUGUGACAACUUGAAGGAAAGGUAAAACUUUGCAUCCAGCUGCGAAAUUAACAGGACAUUUGUGUGCAGAAGACGUAUUAGCAGGUGACUGUUAAGCUUUUCCUGUACAAAUUCACCCAUGUACUUUCUAACUUGCAACUUUUUUCCCUGUUAAGACUGAACCAGCUAAGCUUUGAGGUGAAGGUUUAUAAAGAUGAAGGGACAAAAGAUGUCACAGACAGAAUCAAAGAUGGUAAGCACACGCAUAAUCACAAAUACUAAGAUAAUGAUGAAUGUUUUUAUGAGGCAGUACCACAUUAUUAUCGAAAUUUGAACUCUACCUUUUCUUGUUGUCCUAGAAGACAUAUUUGACAUUCAGUACGCUGUAAUAAGGGGAACUUUGUUCAGUUGCACACUAAACAUUUACUUGAUGUCUCAUCAGCUGCAUCAGCUGACCACUCAGAUGCAGACUGCUUUCUACUUGUCUUUUUGAGCCAUGGUGAGGAUAAUCAUGUUAACACCAAAGAUGGAAAGAUAAGCAUUCAGGACAUCACAGCUUUGUUCAAAGGAGACAAGUGCAAGAGCCUUAUAGGAAAGCCGAAGAUCUUCAUAAUUCAGGUACAUGCAAAUGAAAAAUAUCAUUGUAAUAUGGAAACAUAAAAUGUUCAUGCGUGUGAUCACCUCACUUCAUCAUCCAUUCCAUCUUGAAGAAAUCAUGGUGAACAUUUGUAUGUCUGAUAGGCAUGCCGCGGGAAUCAGUAUGAUAAUCCUGUGACUGCAUGUGCUGUUGAUGACGAUGAAGUGGUUGUGGCAGCUGGUACCAUGCAAACACUCCCUGCUGGAGCUGAUUUCAUCAUGUGCUACUCAACGGCUCAAGGUGAGUUGACCAGUAUGACUAAAACUCUCACUGUGCCCUUGUUUGUCAAGAGGUUAUAUAAAUAUAAACUGGAGUGCAUUUCUACAAUCUUUUAUGUCCAUCUUGACGAUUAGUAGAUGACUAUCCUGUUAACUGUGAUUUUUUUGAAGGCUACUAUUCCAUGAGGCAACCUCAAAGAGGCAGCUGGUACAUCCAGGAUCUUUGCGAGACACUCCGGGAGCAUGGUGACACACUUGAAUUCACAGAUUUACUCACACUGGUGAACAGGAAAGUGUCAAUGAGGAGUGUCGAGGGGGGUGAUGCCAGUGGGAAGAAGCAAAUGCCUUGCUUUGCUUCAAUGCUCACCAAGCAGGUCUACUUUCGACCAAAAAAGUAACGACCUCAGUACAGACAAAACAAUCCUGCUAGUGUCUGAAUGGUGAGAACUUUGAGAGCUUUAUUUUGUAAUAUUUUGAAAAUGGAGACAGGAAAAUUUUACUUGAUCAAAGAAUGUGUCUGUUAAUGGAUCCAAAUAAAAAUAAAUUGGUCCAGUUAUAGUAAGGAUCUGGCUAUUACCUUUGUUUGUAACUUAAACUUGUUACUUUUUUGUUUUUGGUCAUACUCUUGAUGCUGUUCUCUUGUCUUUCGUUGCCAUGUAGGACUCAGUAGUCAUCUACCUAUCCUACUGCGAUGUCUGGGGCCUGGAGUUUCAAACUUUUUCUGCUAAAAUCCAACUUCUGUGCUUAUAGGGCAGCUUUCAUUUGACUAACUGUGUGUCUAAGCUUUCAGACUUGGAUUCAAAUAAAUUCAAAUGUGUAUCAUUCUAAUAAAUUUCAAUCAGUGUCAACAUAUUGUGAUACACCAUAUAAUACUUGUACUGCAUUAAAAUACAAAAUAAAUGCAAAAUAAAAUAAAAAA